UCGGCAUGGUAUUAGAGGAGUAUACAAAAAAGAGAGAAUACGAGAGAGAGCAUUCCGUUCUCACUUCUCACCCGUUUGUCUACGCCUGUAUUGGGCAGUUUGGCAAAGGAGUUUUCCUGCGACAUAUCUCCUCCACUGCUUUUUUUUUUUUUUUUUUUGGUUUUUGUUUUUUGUUUUUUCUUUUUUGCCACAGCUGUGUCGUAGGUUCUGCUGAGAGAGAGAGAGAGAGAGAGAGAGAGAGAGAGAGAGAGAUUUUCGUUGCAGACAAGCACCAAAAUACUGGUCUUAGAUGGAGAGAGAUGGUGUGUAAUCGUUGGCUGCUGCUACUAUCUAUUGAAACAAUCGCCAUAAAAGGAUAAAAGCAAGAGCAGCUUUUCAAAGGAAAAGAAGAAGCAUCAUGUGGGAUCUGAACGACUCCCCCGACCAAAGGAGAGACGAACCUACCACCACAGCUUCACCCUCUGACGCCUGCUCUUUCGAGAAGCCCUUCCUCGACGACCCCGACGGAGAUUACAACGCUCCCAAACCCAUCGCCUCCGUUUCCAACGACAAUUCCAGCUCCUCUGCCGUCGUCAUCGAAGCAUCCGACCAUGAGGAAGAUAACGAAGGGCGCAGGAAUAGGAGCAGCAAGAUCUUCGGGUUCUUUGUAUCAGCCCAAGAUAGCGAAGGCGACGGCAAGAUCGUUACUCGCCAGUUCUUUCCCACAGAGAAGAAGGAUGCCACGUCGACACAGGCAGCCAGCGACCCGCUUCCUUUCCCUCGGGCUCAUUGGGUUGGGGUCAAAUUCUGCCAGUCCAAGGAGCCGAUUGAGGCUGGAAAAGCUACCGAUGUCUUGCCGGCGCAGCACCAACAGCAGCAGCAGCCCAUGAAGAAGAGCCGGCGCGGGCCACGGUCAAGAAGCUCUCAGUACCGUGGCGUUACGUUCUACCGCAGAACUGGCCGAUGGGAAUCCCAUAUAUGGGAUUGUGGAAAGCAAGUCUAUUUGGGGGGAUUUGACACUGCCCAUGCAGCUGCUCGCGCGUAUGACAGAGCGGCUAUCAAGUUCCGUGGAGUCGAUGCUGAUAUCAAUUUCAGCUUGGAUGAUUAUGAGGAUGAUUUGAAACAGAUGAGCAAUUUAACUAAGGAGGAAUUUGUUCAUGUACUCCGUCGCCAAAGCACCGGAUUUCCGAGAGGCAGCUCCAAAUUCAGAGGUGUUACCUUGCAUAAAUGUGGAAGAUGGGAGGCUAGAAUGGGACAGUUCUUGGGCAAAAAAUAUGUUUACUUGGGCCUUUUCGACUCUGAAAUUGAAGCCGCCAGGGCUUAUGAUAAGGCUGCAAUAAAGUGUAAUGGAAGGGAAGCUGUAACGAAUUUUGAUCCCAGUAUUUAUGAAAAUGAGAUCAGUUCAAUGAGUAGCAAUGUUGAUCACAAUCUCGAUUUGAGUCUUGGGAGUUCAGCCUCGAAGAAUGGUAGUUUUGAAUCAGAGGAUGCAGAGAGAUCAAGCAUGUCAGAUCAGCAAACACUGGGCCUGUUCGAAAUGGAUUGGAGAAUGGGGGGUCAGAGCAUCAAGUCAAGGUUUGAUGACAAAUUGAAGCUGCCAAGCAAUGAUCUGCACCGACAUGUUUUAGAGGGGCGGGAUGAGAGUGAUGGUCGGUCCUGGCCCAAUCACACUCAUCUCCAACCUCCGGCCCCACUGAAGAUUGAUGAUAUUCAUACGCACACACAGUUCAAAAGAGCUGGAGAAGCCCCCAUGAUGCAUUUCAUACAGCAACAGUUCAAUCCUCCUUACCAGUUUCUUAGCAGCAGAAAGGGCGUAGGAGGGGGGCUUCCUCUGGCUAAUGGAGAACAACAACGACAACCCCAGCAACAACAACAGCAACACCUACACCCAAGGCAAUUGGGUUGGAACAGGAGCAACAGCAACUGGGCUUCUGCUCCUUCCCAACUGCUAGCAACCGCUGCAGCAUCAUCAGGAUUCCCAUCACCGCAGUUAGUGAAAACUCCGAGUUGGCUGCAGAAGAACGGGUUUCAAUCUCUGAUGAGACCCACCUGAUCCCUCGGAAUUUUCAGCUUUUUGCCAUUCAUCUCCCCUUAUUAUUUUUCCGUUUUUUCGCUCCAAAGGUUGUGGAUGUACGCAUGUAAGUUGACAUGAGCUCACACCUUAAUUUUAACAAUGUUCUCCAUGGCAUUUUAUUAUUACAAGUGAGAGAUCUGGAACUUUCAUCAA